UGUUCCCUUGAUAACAUCAAUCAUAAAACUCCAUCUAUUCCUCUCCUUGUAUCUUAUUUCCCUUUUCACAGCUCUUCAGUUACACAUUUACACGCCUCUUUUAUUCCAAAUUUGAAUCAUUUGGUGUGUUUAAAACCCCAAAUGGAGUGUGUUGAAGGAGCAUCCAAACCCAAUUUCAUGAAUAUCAAUUUAAUCCACCAUACACCAUCAUUUUCUCACGACUUAUGGACCGUCAAUGGCGACGAAAUCUCCAUCCACGACUUACUAGACUUCCCCACAGACCCCGGUUUUGUCGAAGAAAACGAUAAUUCUCAUACGAAUAACGACAAAACCUCUGUUUCGGAUAAAACCACCACACCGGAGGCAGAGCUCCGUUUUCAGGUAAAUAAUGACGUGGAUGACCUUGAUUGGGUGUCUCAGUUUGUUAACGACUCAUUUUCCGGCGACAAUUCCCUAACAUUUCCCGCGCAAAAGUGCCCGGAGACGGUGACGGAAACGGAAACGGUAACCUUAGUUGCUGUGAACCCUACAUUUAAAAAUUUGGUUUGUAAAAGAGCCAGAAGUAAACGGAGCCGUAACGGCGGUAACGUUUGGUCACUCCGGUCAACGUCGCCGUUAACGGAGUCAUCAACUUCAAGUUCCUCUGUUUCUGUUUCUUCAUGCACUUCAAAACCUCUGCCGGUUCAGAUACAGAAAAUGAAAAGGGUGGCGGCUAUGGGCGGCUUGGCUGGGACAAGCCAGCCGCAGCCUCGGCGUUGUAGCCAUUGUCUGGUUCAGAAAACGCCACAGUGGCGAGCCGGUCCGUUAGGUCCCAAAACGCUGUGUAAUGCGUGUGGGGUCCGGUUCAAGUCGGGUCGGCUUUUUCCAGAAUAUAGACCGGCUUGUAGUCCCACUUUUUCGAGUGAAGUUCACUCGAAUAACCACCGUAAAGUUCUUGAGAUGCGGCAGAAGAAGGCGGAGGCCGUGAAUUUGAAGAAGGAGCGGAUAGAAGCAGGUAGGAAUAGGAAGUAGGAGAAAGUGUGAACCGGUUGUGUUGAGAUAACUUGGUGUGGUCCCGGGUCAUGUGAACCGGAGAGUGUAAUGUGAUGUAUGGUUUAGUUUAAUGAUAUUUGUUACUCUAAAACUAGAAUAUUCUUAUA